GACUUGCCAAAACUAUAGUUUGUUUACAAGAAAUUUGUUGAUUGGUUGAAAAAUGAGUUUUAAUGACUCCAACCUAAGUGUAUGUAAACUUCCGACUUCAACUGUAUACAUAUAUUUCUAUAUAUAUUUUUGUAUUAUUAUUGUAUUUUCUCCCCUAUUUCAUGGUAUGCAAUUGGUAGUUACAGUCCUGUCACAUAUCUGCAACUCCUGUACGGACUCCAAAGAAGCAAAAGUCGAGAGCUGUGCGUCCACCAAAAUACGACCCCACCAUGUCGCACUGCUUAUUUGACGCAACGCUCGCUUAACCCGGAAGCCAGCCGCACCAAUGUGUCAGAGGAAACACUGUACACCUGGCGACCAUGUCAGCAUGCGUGCACGCAGUCCGCCACAGGAGUGAUGGGACAUGGACGUCCCGGGCGGCCAAAUCGUCCCGUAACCGAGUCGACACUGAACCAAUUGGGUGCCGCCUCAUGGCUCUCCCGGUCGUGACCUGCUCCGAUGGUCCGGGGUGUGAGGGUGUAUUAUGUGUGCAGGUGAGCAGGCCAGUAUGUGUGGAUGUGCCCUCAGAAACAGAGGCUGUUGUUGGGAACCCCAUGAAACUGACCUGCAUCUCAUGUAUGAAGAGGGAGGAGGUCAACGCAGAGACACGCGUGGACUGGUAUUACAUCCCACCUGACGAAGAACCCAUCCCUAUCUACCUGUUUGAUGGAAAACCCAGGGACCUGGAGGGGCCUUGGAGGGGUCGCCUGAUGUGGAAUGGAAGUAAAGACCUGCAGGAACUCUCCAUCAGUAUCCUCAACGUCACAAUGAACGACACGGGCACCUACAAGUGUGUGGUCUUCCGACAGUUUGAGUUUGACUGCUACUCUCCCUCGGUUACCAACAGCCUGAUAAUCAACCUGGUGGUCAGAGAGGAAGCCAGUGAGGACACCACUGCCCUGUACUCAGAGAUCAUGAUGUAUGUCCUGCUGGUCUUCCUUACCUGCUGGCUCCUGGUGGAGAUGGUAUACUGCUACAGGAAGAUCUCCAAGUCAGAGGAGCAGGCCCAGGACACCGCGACAAACUACCUAGCCAUUCCCUCAGAAAAUAAAGAGAACCUGGGUGUUCCAGUUACAGAAUAAAAGUGAUUGUCUCAACACCAGUACGGUACUGACCAAUGGUGUAUGAAGCAGUUCAUAGUCACCUGACGAUACAAACUGAACUCUUUGAAGGGAACAUUCAGUGAAGAUGUCGCAAUGCCUCUCAGCAACCAGGAAACCUGCCAAGUGGAGUCCACUUUGUCUUGGUCUUGUGGUGUGAGCUAGCCAAACACUUGAAUGCUCAAGUAUACUCUCCCUUCUUAUUUCACUCUGAACCACUAUGUGCCAGACAGCAGUGAUUUGAUGAUUUAUGAUUUUAUGAUAUUUGAAUGUCACCCACAGAAACAAAAUUAAACCUACUGUUGCAGAUGAUCAACCAAUGGCUUCAAAGCAAAUGACUUAUACUUUUAAAUGUGUGAAAUGUUGUUCAAACGGUACACUGCACAUCAUUGGGUGCACAUAAAAGCUUCUGGUACAUUA